AUGGGCCUGGCGUCGUCUAUUCUGCAAUGUUGCAGCCUCUUGCGGAGCAUCGUCGACCAAGUGGUGGCCAACCUUCCUGACCAGGCCAACUGCGCUCGCUGCCGUGCCGACGGCGCCAUCUGCCGCCCAUGGCACUUGACCGACCCCCAAGCGCAAUCACUGCCGUGGACUCCCCUCUAUAGCAACGUCAUUAUCGCCUCCUACAGCGGCCACACCCACCGCCUACCCGACAACGCCAGGUCUGUCGGCUCCACCAACGACUGGCUCGCCCUCGGCUUGGGCCAUAACUACAACACCGAGGAUGACAAGAUACACUAUGUGGUGCACAACUAUGUCUUGCAUAAUCCUUUCACAGACAGGUCUCUGCCGCCGCCUGAGCUCGACGCCGUCAUCAUCGAUGACAGGUCCGCGAUCCGCAAGUUCCUCAUGCGCUCCACAGUUGAUGACUUCGUCGCGGUCAUCACCAAAAACAGGAAGCAUCCGCUCAUUGUGUUCCAGCGAGGGAAGGGCAUGUGGUCGCCGGAGCCACCGACAACUCCAUAUAUCUAUCUCAUUGAUAUCGCCUUCCUUGGUGAUAAACUAUAUGCCAUCACCGAGGCUGAGGACCUCAUCCCCCUUGAUCUCGCAUUGGAUGGGGACGGAAGGCCUAUGGUUACAAUGGGAACACGUGUUAUCAAGAAAUCGCUCUACUAUGAUAAUUAUGAAUCACAAAUCACUUCUGACAAGGAGGACAACGAUCAUGACGAUGAGAAGAAUGAAGAGGAGCAAGAAGAAGAAGAGGAGGUCAGCUGUCUCAAUGAAGAGGAUGAUGAUGAAGAAGAAGAUAAUGACUUGACCUAUAUCAAUUGCUCUGUUGAAUUUGAUCAUGAUGUUGAACCUAUCACCAUAAUCAGUCAGCACCUCCUCGAGUCGCAUGGGAAGCUACUCAUGAGGCGCCGCAAGCACCUUCCCCUGUCAUCUUCCGAUGCUCUUGCCACUGCCCACGACCAUGGAGACAUGGAGGACACCACCCAAGGGUGCCAAGAUCCGAUUUCUCACGCGACAGACAUGGAGGGCACCAUCCAAGGGGGCCAAGAUCAGAUUUCUCAUGCGAUAGACAUGAAGGGCACCAUCCAAGCGGGCCAAGAUUAUGAUCUGCUGCUGAAAACAGAGCCGGCACAAGAAGAAAGCGAGCAGUGUUUCGGGCCGCACUUCCUUCUCAGCAAGGAAGACCAGGCCAAGGAUUGUCAACUUUUGCUUGCCAAUAUUCAGAAGGAGGACGAGUAUCCUACUGACCUGCCACUUUAUUUGACAUGGGAGGAACACAACAAGAUAAAAGUGCGCCUUGCACGCUAUCGCAUCGCUCAUUACAAGGCUGUGAGGCCGGAGUGUGCACAUGAACUUAAGGAACCAUAAUAAUACACUGAUGAUGAACUUCACGAGGAGGUGUACUUUCAGCGGUUAGAAGAUGAUGAAAAGUUUGAGUGGUACAUCCAUCGUGCUGACACCCACAAUGUUGAGUUGAAUGACUACCAACGGAUUGUCCCUCGUAAUUUCCUGCCUGGUAGGAGUGGAAACCUGUACUGCUAUCACGAUGAGUACCACUCACGUUAUCAUACAUAUAAAAUUGAUGAUGUUUAUGUCAAGUACUAUGCAGAAAUUUCAAAGAAAAUCAAGUGGAUUGCAGAUUUUUUGCAUCUGGAUCGCAGGACUAAGGAUUGGAUAGAAUGGGAUACUAGAGCAUGGAGGCAAGCAUUGAGGAUUGCAACUGGCUUUCCCCAUAUGACUGAAAAAUUAGCUGGUUAUGCUUAUGACGAGUACAUUACGGAGCUGGAAAUGGGUGCGUCCCUCAAGGACAUAGAUCUCCUCUAUUUUGAGAUCUGGAGGCUUGUCGCUAAAGAAAAUAGAACUUACAAAGAGGCUGUGAAGGAAGUUUAUGAGUCUGGCGAGUUCCCUGUACACAAAGCAGUACUACAUGCUGAACUCAAUGGGGGCCAUAUCUUUGUAACGAUGCAAGAAAUGAUUUACUCUGUUGUCCUGGAGGGUGGCAUUGAUCUGACUGACGAAGAGGAGAAAGCUCAGGGUGUGUUUAGGAAGUUAUCUUUCAGUUUGCAUAAACCAAUGAACAUGGCUCAGUAUGCUCAGAAGAAGGUGGAGAUAGCAAAUCAGUUGAAGUUGAACAAAGAGGAUGGAUUUGUUCCCUUUAGACCCUUCGAGUUUUGA